CUUCGGUCUAGGCUCCCAGUCAUUACACACAGACCAGACCAAGAUCCAUACUUAUAUUCAGACUGCGGAUUAAACAUCCCAUUUCUCUCGCGAUUAAGAAAGCAGACAACAUGGAAUUCGCCAUUGAACCCGUUCUCCCAGAGGAUGCUCCCCGCAUAACCGAAAUAUAUUUCUCUGCCUUCACCAACAGCCUCAGCCAGCGUAUCAUGCCCCGCACCAAGGAAUCAGAGGCAUUUCAAACUGCGAGAUUCAGAAAGUCCGCUGAAGAAGCGCAAUCGGGACAAGGCAAGGAUAUGAUUAAGAUCGUGGCGACAGAACCAGACCAGGAGCCCGUGAUUGCGGGGUUCGCGCUCUGGAACUUCUACAGCGGCACGUCUGACUCUAAUGAGCAUGAAAAGGAGAAGGUCGAGUGGCCGUCUAGCAGUGACAGCGAGCUCUGCGAAAGGUUCUUUUCCGGUGUGGAACGGGAAAGGCAGACGGCGAUUGGGGACCAACCUCAUUAUUGUCUUUACAUGCUCGCGGUAGACCCUGCGUUCGCUCGUCGUGGGCUGGGGGCCAAAUUGCUGAAAUGGGGUCUCCACAGGGCUGACGAGAGACGGCUUAUUACGUUCAUUUCGGCGUCACCGGCGGGUCGCGGGCUGUAUGAGAAGCAUGGCUGCAGAGCCCUGAAUAGCUACGAGGUUGUCCCUGGGUACCACGAAACAUCGAUGGUGCGGCCAGUGGCGGGGCUAUCAAGGGGAUAA